GCAGUUCCCUAGAUUAGUGUCAAAACUUCCAGACUCCGCCAGGGGCAGCUGAAAAGGUAAUAGGUUAGUUCAGGCAGUUGGUGUCGAAAGCAAAAGAACACCUGGUGACAGAGAAAGACAGCAGAUGGACCCUAAAUACGGGAUAACCUUCAGAGAUCCUCUACAUCGACAUUGCCAGAGACGCAUUGCAUCUUCUGAGCGCCCCUUCGGAGACAGAACGUAAACAACGAAAACCAUCAACAAGCGGAGUAUGAAUGAAUGAAGAAAUUGUUUUUCUUUCAUAGACGAGCGCUUGUUUGUACGUUUGUAUGAAUAUGCGAACGUUCGUGCGUUUGUGUUACGUGAGAAGGCAGCCCCAGCUGCCACCCACCCCGCCCACCUGCCGCCUCGGAUGGGCGGAGCGUGUGAGAGCGGCCAUCCAUAAAUACGUGGCGGUCCAUCGACAUACCGUAUUCCCUCGCUAGAAGUUGACGAGUCCUGUAACCCGUGAGCGAUCUCUCUCUUCCUCUCUCUGCCCGUCGAGUAACUCGAAAGAUGAAGGCCCAGCGUUGCGUCUCUCCCCUUCAGGCUGUCAUGGGCGUGCUGGAGGGCAAGAUCACGAAGCACGAGGCCAAGGCUGAGGCGACUCAGGUCCUAAUGUACCUCGACCGCCUGCAACAGUUGGUGCCGCAGUGCCCGAAGGACCGUCCCAUCUCGCGCCUUGAACUCAUUCAAGCCGUCAUCGACUACAUCUGUGAUCUGGAGGACAAGCUGGCGCUCCCACUCGAGGGCCUGGAGGAUAGUGAGAUCGGCGACGACUCCGUCUUCGAGGACGACGUCCAAGGUAGCACACCCUAAAGUCUCCCCCUCAACGCCAUCCAAGUUUUUUUUAGAAAUAACGGGCUCAGGCCCUGUAACGUCUCGGCCGGAAGUCCUGGCAAGAAGGAGAAGAAGAAGAGAAGGGCCGAAAUCUGACCUUUUCACCCCCCCUUGGCCACCCGAAUCGACCUGGUGGUUGUAGUGGUGGUACCAGCAGGUCUCUCCAGAUGUGUGUCUAGUGAUGGCAGAUGCCUCCCAAAGGUGACAAAUGUAGUUAUCAGACAGUAAAAAUGCCCCAGUUUUGACCGAAACCGAAACGUGAUGUGGUGUAGUUGAAGCUCACUGACGCAGAGGAUGUGGAAACGAACUUGAUGUAAGUCAGAGGAAGUGACACCACUCGCAAACCAGCUGGCUGCUUUUCCGAAAGUUAGUUCCCAAGACACUGGAUACUUAGUCCACCUGUCGCUCGCUCGCCCGAAUUCUCAUCAGCACACCCGGUGUUGGCAAUGAAGCUCCCACGAAACCGCCGCCCCCCCCCCCCCCCCCCCCACCCCCCCCCCCCCCCCCCCCCCUCCCAUCUCUCUCUCUCUCUCUCUCUCUCUUCUCUCUCUCUCUCUCUCUGUCGAUUAUGAAAAUCGAUCUUGGAGGGAAGAAACGACCGCGAAUGAUUGACUGACUGAGAGGAGGGUCGCGCCCCAAGACUCCCUUUCAAGAUCUCUGGCCCAACUUUCCCAUUCGAAUGUCAUCGAAGAAGAAGAAGACUUCCACUGUUGUUUUCAUCCUGAAGCGCUGCACAAUAUGUUUGUUAUGGCAGUAGACUAUAGGCCUGUUCGUAGUUUAUAGGCAGUUUUUCGGACUGCGCUGAGUGACAGCCUCUGAAUUAGGAUUCUUUAUUUUUUUUUUCUAAUCAGAGAUGCAGUGUAAGUCCCGUAGAAUAUUUGAGUGUACAGCAUACACACUUGAUGCUUUGUAUGACAAGUGUACGUCUGAUUAAUUCGUAAGUAUAUUACAGUUGAGUUCAGUAUCACAGUAGUAGGAGAAUUUUAGAUAAGCAACUUUGAAAAUGCUGUUGUGUAAAUAAUCUAAGACUACAGCACGUGUUUACUUACUUUUAUACAUGAGGAAUAACUUGUGAUCAUGUUAUCUUUUAUAUUAAAAGAACUUGUGAUAGUAUUAUAUAUAAAUGAACUAUAAAAUAUACGAUGGCUUACUUAAAGCAUGACAUUAGAAAAUAGUAUUUGUUCUUUACACAUUAACUUAUUAACACAACACUUUUAGCCAUCACGACUCUGAACUGAAAGGUAUAGAAAUAUUUAUUUAUUCCUCUAAACACUUUGUGUGAAAUACAUAAUAUGGAAAGUAGUUUAGAAAACAAUGUUGUUGAUAUCUGGAAAA